AUGGAUGCUGCUGCCGCAUCCAAGUGGUGCAAAGAAGAAAAUGUUACUUUGAAGAAUGGCCUAGUGGUCGAAAUUAAGGGAGAAGUCUGGACAGAGGAAAGGUUGCUCCCAGUCCUGAGAACUUUAUCCGCAGACAGAAAACCAUGGAUAGUAGACAUGCGGGCUGAUAGCACAAACCCUCAAACCUAUGCCUUAUGUGAGUGGAAAACAGAACUCCCAGACUGUUUUAAAGGUGCCAGUGUAAAUACCCCAGAUUGUGUAGAACUUGUUCUAAUACACCCCACAGAAGAACAAGAUGGUCCUACUUCCUCUAGUGCACCGGCACCAAAAGGGCCUAAAGAACAAAAGACAAAAGGGCCUGACCCCACAUCACUAAAAACUCUUGGCCCAGAAUUAUGUGCUGUUUUGGGAGAAAUUGUGGCUCAGUGUAAGAAGGAUUCCGCAGAUUACCUGAUAACAGGAUACAGGAAGCUCAGAACCGUCUCAGGGAGACAGCCAGUGCCAUCCUCUAAGGAUGGAUUUGAAAAAUGGCUGGACCAUGCCACUCAGGCUCUGGAGGAGUGGGAAGUUCCCGAGAGACAUAAAAAACAAAGGCUUAUGGAGAGCCUCAGGGAACCAGCACUAGAGGCCAUACGUAACCUUAAACUCAGCAAAAGGGACUGUGCUGCACAGGACUAUCUAGAUGUUUUGCAGAGUGUAUUUGGAAGGACUGAAAAUGCCAGUGAACUCCACUAUCAAUUGGAGCACUGUUUUCAGAAACCCGGGGAGAAGUUACCUGAAUUUGUUGGCCGCUUAGAUAAGAUCCUGCAUCAGAUCCUCCUGAAGAAGGGAAUAGAUCCAAGGCAAGUGGAUAAGAUCAGAGCUCAACAAGUUAUAAGGGGGGCCCAACCAAUGGAUCCCAUUGCCCUUCAGUUACGAACCCUACAGGGAGGCGGAGUGUUGAAAUACCCCGACCUGAUCCGGAUGAUCCGACAGGAGGAGGUCCUACUGGAUCAAAAGAAUAGGCAACAACCUCCAGAACCUUCAGCACAAGUUCGUGUAGUGGCCACAGAGGACAGUGACCCCCAAGUCGAGCUUCUGAGGACACAAGUGUCCCAACUGAUAGAAAUGGUGGUUGCCUUGACCAGUCAAGUGGAGAUUCUUCCCUACCAAACCAAAAGGGAAGAACCAGAGAGGCCAGCCUAUAGGCCAAGUGAUCAAUCAAGGAGACCAAGAAGAUUCAUAUUCUGUUUCAACUGUGGAGGAGUAGGACAUACAAGAGAAGUUUGCCCCAGCCCAGCUAAGGCUAGUCCACAGAUGUACAAGCCGGCAGAAAACUUCAGAGGGCACCGGUGA